AUGUUCAAGAAGUCUUCUGCGGUUGCCUUCAAGGGCGAAGUGAGGAUCCGUGGCAAGGAGGCACGGGCUCUCUGCAAGGCACUGGCAGCCACUGCCGGUGAGGCCGUGGCCGACGCUGUGCUGCCGAGCAAGGUCGACAUCGUUGUGAGGAAGGCUGGUGGAGGACUCUCCAUCCAGUUCAUCUUUGCUGGCGACGAGUGUGUGCUGGUGCAGCUGGAUGGCAAAGCCGAUCUUGGACAGGGAGAGCUGAUGCCAACGCUCGUUUCGUUGUGGAAGGUUCCUUCAGCUGAAUCGUGGCUUCCUUCCGUCAUAAUCCAGAGGCCCGUUGCCAAGUUUGUCUUGGGAGGGGCCAACGUGAUGGCUCCUGGCAUCCUGCGCGUCUUGCCUUCGGAGGGAUGUGAGUCCCUUCCUAGAGAAGGCAGCCUGGUUGCCGUCCGUGCGGAAGGAAAUCCUGCCGCUUGUGCUGUGGGUCGACUGCGACUGCCACCCACAGCGGUGGGUGUCGGAACGAAGGGCGAGGCGGUCGAAGUUCUGCACUACUUCGGCGAUGCUUUAUGGGAGGCAAUGGGAAGUCCACGACCAGAUGGUUUUGUAGGUACGGAGAUCCAGUCCAUUGACGUUGAGGUCUCGGACGAGGCAGUGCCACCCUCUGCCGCAGAUGCGGAGAAGUCCGAGGAGGAGUCUGAGAUGACAACUGGAGCGGACAUGGACAAAGCGCUCGACGAGACCUUGCUGCAGGCCAUCAAGACUCGCAUCAAGGAUCGGGACUUGCCGAUGGCCGGCAACGUUGUCUACACGCAGCACAUGCGACCGUGCAGGAGGGCUGGAUCGAGCAUAGAUGUCAAGGUCAGCUCCUUCAAAAAGCUCGGUGCAUUUCUUGCGCAUGCCGAGGAGCUGGGGUGGAUUGCCUUAAAGAAGUCGUCGGAUCCUGUGAUGACGAGGAUCUUUCGUGACCAUCCCGACGUCCGGGAAUGGAAACCGUGGCCAAAGCAUGUCACAGCAGAAGCUGACGAGGCGCCCGCCGAAGCUGCAGGAAAGGAUGCAACUUGCCCAUCUGCAGCUAUACAGAUUGAAAUCGUCUGGAAGAUGAUCAAGAUGAAGCCCAUAAUUGAGGUGCUGAAGACAGAGAUGCCUUCCGACGAGUGCUGGACGCGUGAGGAGUGUUUGCAAGCAGUGAAGUCGUAUGCAGACGCUCGUGAGCUGUGGUUGAAAAACAAUCGCAAGCGCAUUGGCCCAGAUGGGUUGUUGCUGGCUGCCAUGCAGCACACGCAGUCAGAGGAGCCACCUUCAAGCCUGUCACUGGAUGCCCUGGCCGACAAUCUCCUGAGGACGCUUCCGCUGUGCCACCGCGUGACUGCUCCGCAGGGCGGGGCAGCUGGAGGCGUCAAGACGAGCGUGCGGCCUGGCAAGCCACCCUCCGUUCAGGUGCGAACCGACACCCGCCGGGGGCACAACGUCACUUUGGUCCAUGGGUUGGAGAAGCUCCUGUGCUCACACCAUCUGCGUCAGAGUUGCAGCGCCAUGGACGUGCGAGAUGAAGCCCCGCCACAACGGCAGCGGACAAGUAUGGCCGACUUGCGCGAGUCGCUCGCAGCUGUCGGGUGCCCCGAUGAGGGCAUGAGAGGCACCUAUGCAGACAAGCUGAAGCUCAAGGCGGCAACAGACUUGGAGAUACUUCGAGAUGUUUCCUCAGCUCUUGUCAGUCCGGGCCCAGAGGCAAUGCACGCCGCAGCAAUCGUCCGGUCCAUCUCGAUUAAUCCACAAGCGGCAGCAUCUGUCUGCAAAUAUGUCCUGCCCGCAUUGUGUGGUGCCCUGCACCGCCAGAAGGACCUGUGGAUGCUGGCCUGGGCUCUGGCGGCCUUGAUCCGCCUGGCUCAGCACCAGGAGACCCAUCGUCUCCUCCAGCGAGGGGGAGCGGUAGCGACGCUGGCGCUGUUUACGAAGCCAUCCUGGAGAUCGAGAGCUGGGCAGGUGCGGCUCGACCUGAUUGCAUCAAUAGGCCUGGCAUUCCUCAGCACUGCCGGCAAAGAUACCGUUGCAUCUGUGCCUUUGAGAGCAGUUCCUGAGCUAGUUCGGAUGCUCGCAAGGCGCUUUGAAACCACAGCCGAUCAGGCUGUGGAAGAAAAGACCUUCUGCGGCAUGCCUGUCGACUACAGGCCUCGUUUCGUUGCCCAGUCCUUGGUCGGACUUUGUGAGGCGUCAGCUGCCCAUGCUGCCGUAGCAUGGCAGACUGCGCUGCCAUCACUCCUGCACGACAUCUUGACCGGCAAGUUGCCCAAUGACACUGAAGUCAAUCAGCCGUAUGGCAGUCCGGAUGUCGUGGAAAUGGCGAGCAGGUGUCGGAUGGCGCUUCUUGCUCAUGCCAAGCAGGGCGGUAUGGCGACAGCCGAGGCCCUGGCAGCUUUGCGCUCUGCCCCUGCAGCCCCAAAAGGGACCUGGGAGAAGCGCGGCCAGCUGACGGCUAGACCAAAGAGUCGCCUUUGA